AUGAAUAUUCCCAUGCUGCUCCAGAGUCCUCACCAGCACUUCCUAAAAGGCCUAUUGAGAACACCUUUCCGACGUUACCACUUCGUCUUUCACCCACGUCCUCACCUCAGCUCUGGAAUCCCAUGUGCUCAGCCGCUCAGUUCUCCUGGACUCCAUUGUGCAAAGUGGAUGCUGCCAUCGAAUGGUUUACCAAGAAAGUUGUGUCUGCAAACAGCCUUAGAGGGACACACAGAAGGACUUUCUGAUAAAGAACAAAGACUUGUGGAUAAGCUGUAUGCUGGUUUAAUCCAAGGCCAAAGGGCCUGUUUAGCGGAGGCCAUAACUCUUGUAGAAUCAACACACAGCAGGAAAAAGGAGUUAGCGCAGGUGCUUCUUCAGAAAGUAUUAGCCCACCACAGAGAACAAGAAAAAUUAAAUAAAGGAAAACCACUAGCAUUUCGAGUGGGGUUGUCUGGGCCUCCUGGUGCUGGAAAAUCAACCUUCAUAGAAUAUUUUGGAAAAAUGCUCACUGAGAGAGGACACAAAUUAUCUGUGCUGGCUGUGGACCCUUCUUCUUGUACCAGUGGCGGAUCACUCUUAGGUGAUAAAACCCGAAUGACUGAGUUAUCUAGAGAUAUGAAGGCAUACAUCAGGCCAUCCCCUACUAGAGGCACUUUAGGAGGUGUGACAAGGACCACAAAUGAAGCUAUUCUUCUGUGCGAAGGAGGCGGAUAUGACAUCAUUCUUGUUGAAACUGUGGGUGUGGGGCAGUCGGAGUUUGCUGUUGCCGACAUGGUUGACAUGUUCAUUUUACUCCUGCCGCCAGCAGGAGGAGAUGAAUUACAGGGCAUCAAAAGAGGAAUAGUGGAGAUGGCAGAUCUGGUGGCUAUCACCAAAUCCGACGGAGACUUGAUCGUGCCAGCUCGAAGGAUACAAGCAGAGUAUGUGAGUGCGCUGAAAUUACUGCGCAGGCGUUCAGGAGUAUGGAAACCAAAGGUAAUUCGUAUUUCUGCCCGAAGUGGAGAGGGUAUCACCGAAAUGUGGGAUAAAAUGAAAGAAUUCCGGGAGGUGAUGCUCGUCAGUGGGGAGCUGGCCGCCAAGCGGCAGAAGCAGCAGAAGGUCUGGAUGUGGAGCCUCAUCCAGGAGAAUGUGGUAGAGCAUUUCCGGACCCACCCCGCAGUCCGGGAACAGAUCCCUCUUCUGGAAGAGAGGGUUCUCAGUGGGGGCCUGUCUCCAGGACUAGCAGCAGACCUGUUGUUGAAAGCUUUUAAAAGCAGACACUAA